AUGCAGAAAUUCAAACCAUCUCUACGACUCACCUCCGCCUUGCGAACGGUACGUCCUUGCACCACGCCCGUUCGUCACUACGCGACCGAAGCUCGGUUAACCACGGACCACGUCCGCAUCGUCGAAGUCGGUCCUCGAGAUGGCCUACAGAACGAGAAGAAGUCGAUAUCAUUGGAGACAAAGCUCGAGUUGAUUACCAGACUCUCAAAAACCGGCGUUACCACAAUUGAAGCUGGAUCUUUUGUGCCUGCAAAAUGGGUGCCGCAGAUGGCGAGCACGUCCGAAAUCCUCCAAUCCCUCCUCAAAACACCACCCCAAUCACAAAACCAAAUUGCAUACAACUACCUCGUCCCCAACAUUCGCGGCCUAGAGGACCUCGUCAAAGUUAUGGAAGCUGAAGGUGCAACGGCCGGAUCCAGAGAUGACCCAAACGCAAGCACCACCACCGAAAUCUCAUUGUUUGCGGCCGCAACAGAAUCCUUCUCCAAGGCAAACACAAACUGCUCAAUUGACGAGUCGAUAGAACGAGUAAGGCCGAUUGUCGCAUUGGCCAAGGAAAAGGAUAUCAGAGUUCGUGGCUAUGUGUCUGUUGCUUUGGGUUGCCCCUACGAAGGACCGGAUGUUUCGCCAGGCAAAGUCUCCGAAAUCACGGCGACGUUACUCGAAAUGGGCGCCGAUGAAGUUUCGGUUGCUGAUACCACUGGCAUGGGCACGGCGCCCCGCACAAUGGAGCUAUUGAAGGCUCUUUCUGCGGCGGGAAUCGCCAAUAGUGAUCUUGCGCUUCAUUUCCAUGAUACGUAUGGACAGGCACUUGUCAACACAGUUGUAGGGUUGGAGCAUGGAAUUAGAAUAUUUGAUAGUAGUGUCGGAGGCUUAGGCGGUUGUCCUUAUUCAAAAGGUGCUACGGGUAAUGUCUCCACAGAAGAUCUGGUGCAUACUCUGCAUAGCCUGGGAAUGCAUACGGGUAUAGAUUUGGAGGAGAUGUCGAGAAUUGGAGCGUGGAUUAGCGAGCAGCUCGGUCGCGCGAAUGAUAGUAGAGCCGGAAAAGCGACUCUAGCGCGUAUUUCUGGGGAGAAGAGCUGUCCUUGA